AUGAUAUCAAGAAGCGACUCAGAAGAGCUGUUCACUUUGGAUACUAACUACGUGCCACCAGAUACAAUGGACUUUGAGACUCAACAAGUCAUGGCAAGACUUGCGGCAAGAUCAAGAAGCGACUCAGAAGAGCAGUUCACUUUGGAUACGAACUAUGCGCCACCAGAUACAACGGACUUUGAGACUCAACAAGUCAUGAAGAAGACUAUUCCUCUGAAAUCUGUGAUUCGUGGAGGGAGAAGAAAGCCAGCACCUCGGUCGCGGAAAAACAAAGGACCGAGUACUCAGUCGCGAAAAAACAAAGGACCGAGUACUCAGUCGCUGAAGAAGAAGAGCAAGAUCCAAGAGGAGAUACCGGAUUUUGAUGAUGAACUGGUAGAAGAUGAGUUGGACGAGGAUGAAGCCGGUUUGGAUGAUUUGGAGAAUAGGCAAAGAUCAGAUGUGUGGAAGGAUUUCACGGUGGUUGAAAAACCCAAUGGAGAUUUGAAAGCUUUGUGCAAUCAUUGCAGGAAUAUGUAUGCAUGGUAUUCUCACUCGCAUGGAACAAGUGGGCUGAGAAGGCAUCGGGGGAGAUGUAAAAUGUAUCCAAGUCAUACUGGGAGGCAGCAACAACUCAAUACUGAGGGGAAAGUAGUAUCUCGCAAGUAUGGUCAUACUGUGUUCAGACAGAUGGUAGCUAAGACAAUAGUCCAACAUGAUCUACCUUACGCGUACGUUGAGUAUCAAAAAGUUAGAGACACAUGGGCGUAUUUGAAUGCUGAUGUCCAAACCACAUUUGUCGAAACACAGCGAGAGGCGAGAGCAGAUGUGUAUCGAUUAUAUGAAACACAUUACAUUGAUCGGAAUCGGAAGUUGAACAACAAGAUCCUGACGUUUUGUGCUCUACCACCACCACAUACUGGUAUGAAUGUUGCGGUUCAGCUCCUUGAAUCACUGAAAGAGUGGGAAAUUGAAAAGAAGGUGUUCUCGAUCACAUUAGAUAAUGCUACAAAUGGGUUGAAGGUUAUUGGAGACUCUUUGCAGAAAGUAAGAGACAGUGUUAAGUAUGUUUUAGGAUCGGAAACGUGUGAACAGCUGUUCCACAAAUGUGUGGAUGCUGCCGGUGUAGUAGAAGGUGGAUGGCUAAUACUGGACGUGCCGACAAGAUGGAACUCAACUUACUAUAUGCUUGAAAGAGCCAUCAAGUACCGUAAAGCAUUUGUUAAGUUGGAGGUUUGGUUGAUCCAUGAUUGGCUUCGGAGAAAUGAGGAAAGCCAAGACGAGAUUGUCAGAUACAUGGUGCCACCGAUGAAAGAGAAGUUUGACAAAAAUUGGGAUGAAGUUAGUGUUGUUUUUGCAAUGGCAGCAGUCUUUGAUCCACAGUUUAAGCUUUAUGUUGUCGAAUGUUGUUUAGGGAAGCUUGACAUGAGUAUACGUGAUGCAAAGGUGAAGAACUUGCAUGACAAGCUCAGUAUUCUGUUUGAGACAUACGACAAAAAAUCGAAGAAUAACUCACCUUCCACUGAGCCACGUGAAACUGUUUCGAGGGCUGAUUUCUUUGCAUUUCGCCAAACCAGUGGCAUUGUGAGUGGGAAGACACCUCUAGAAGCUUAUCUUGAAGAACCACCUUUGGACUUUACUAAUUUCCAGAGCUUGGACAUCCUCGAUUGGUGGAAAGAUAAUGCGCAUCGGUAUGGCGACUUGGCUGCAAUGGCAUGUGAUCUGCUAAGUAUUCCAAUCACAACAGUGGCUUCGGAGUCUUCCUUCAACAUUGGAUUGCGAGUUCUGAAUAAAUAUAGAAGCCGUCUACUCCCAAAAAAUGUGCAAGCUCUGAUAUGCACUAGGAAUUAG